AUGCGCACCAAGAGGGGCCCUAUCCCCGCUCUCACUGGGCCCUCUGGCCAACCAGCUGGGGCGUCCGAUCGAGUUUCCCGGGCCAAAGUCCUGAUCCCGCGAGAUCGGUCCCGGAUCGUACUAUCUAGCUCCCGCAUACGCACCUCACGUGCCUGCGAUCCGUGUAGACAACGCAAAGCCAAGUGCAAUGGUGGGAAGCCUACUUGUGUCCAGUGCGAUGGCUUGGCCCUGGAAUGUACCUAUUCCGAGCAGAAACGCACCCUCGAACAGAAGGAGCUUACCCUGCUGCGGAGCACCAUCCGACGCCAUGAGCGCAUGUUCCAACUCAUCUCCUCCCGACCCGCGAACCAGAACGAUGAAACCACCGAUCAGCUUCCCACAGAGUCGGCGCCAGUGGAGAACAACAUGGAAGUCGUCCCUGGGGCUCCACAGUCUCAGGAGGAAGAGCCCCCAUCCGCGGAGCUUCAGUAUCCUAAAAGUCUAGAUCAAGCUCUGUCGGUGCUUCAGGGGCAGCUCCGGGAAUUGCAUCAGAUCUACCAGGUGAUCCACGAUUGUGAUCCCGCCGCCUUGCCGGCCGUGGUGGAUACCAUCCGCCGUAGCUCAUCGGUCCAUGAUGCCGCCAUGCACCUCGACCGGCAGGUGUCAACGCAACGGCCCGGCGUCACCCUCAGCAGAGUGCAGCGCGCCUGGUUGAAUCGGCUCUCGGGCAAAGCGGAGCUGAUCAGUCGACAUCCGCCAUACACGGUCACUGCGGCGGAGAAAUGGACGACCGUCGUCGACAGUCCGGUGGCUUCGCACCUCUUCUCGCUGUUCUUCGUCUGGGACAACCCCACCUGGCAUUUGAUCGAGCCGCGUGUGUUCCUCGAUGACUUCCAGUCGGGACGGACGCAGUUUUGCUCCUCCCUGCUGGUGCACGCCAUCCUCUUCUUUGCGUGUCACUAUUCAUACGACCUAGAGAAACCAUGGGACAGGAGGGAAGAGAUGUCCAUUGCCAAGCGACUGUUUCGAGAGAUCGGACGUCUCUGGCAACGGGACAAAGACAAAGUAUGUUUAACCACCGUUCAAGCCAGCCUGAUUCUAGGGCUAUUCUUCAACGCCACGGGGAAGGACAAGAUCGGGGUGCAAUACAUCUACUAUGGGGGCCAGAUGGCAUUGCAGCUCGGGUUGCAUCUUUCUUCGUCGGCGGUCUUCCACAGUGACUCCGUCACGGAGGCACAGCGAAACAACUGGGCACAUAAAUUCAUCGCCUGCGGCAUCUACGACGUGCAAUCAAUAACCAUGCAAUUGUCGCGCAAACCUUCACCCUGGCGAGCUCCUCCGGAGAACUUCUUGUCGCCGGAAGAAGCCCUUCUCUCCGACGUCAAUCAGCAAUGGGCACCUUACCCGUUCACAUUUCCCACAUUCAAGCCCUACCCAAGUACAGGGAUCUGCGUCCGCCGCAAUCUUCUCAUCCUCAUCAACGAUAUUUCCAGUUUCGAAGCAGAGCUGCCAUCCCGAGUCGACCUCCCAAGUUGGCAAAAAGGCACCAUCAUCCACGGGAAAUUAGUCACAUUCGAACGCACUUUGCCGAUGGUACUGGGGAUAGGCAGGAAUAAAACCCCCCACAAUCUCUGCCUUCACCUAUACUACCAUAUGGCCGUAGUCAACCUAUGCGGGUUGUUCAAUUCCCGCGAAGCCACCACAGCGAAAGAUAUAAUCAUUGCGGCGACGCAAUUCAACCCACAGCAAGUAUUGGAAGACGCCAUGGACGCGAUGGCGACGAUCAUUUUAUUGUAUCGUGUCUGCCACGGAUGGAAGUCAAUACCAGUGGUCAUGGUCCACUACUUUUUCGUGAUCGGGCUGCACGCAGCGUCGAAUCUGCGGUCAUCGAAAUGGCGCGAAGCGCUGGUAAGCUGCGUGUCGGGACUCUGGCACAUGGGACUCGCGUGGCGAAUAUGCCGACCCUUCCUGCGAACAAUCCAGCUGGUGCUCAGCAACAGCGCAGACGCAACGUUGAUCCCCGCCGAGGCGCAGGCCAUCCUGCAGGAAUUCAACGAGAAACUCUGGACUCAAGAAGAGAUCCAAUCCCUGGCCGCGAAUUACGUGGUCCACCAUCAUCCGACGCGAGAAGGCACACCACCGGGCAGCAGUUUCCAAGGGGAAAGCCUGGAGAACCUGAUUCGGGCUUUCGAUAAACUAAGCACAGCGGACGAUCAAGUAAGCGUGAGCGUGAGCGCAGCCUGA